CUUCAAUUUGCACGUCUAUGGUGGAACAUCUCUCGGCCUUCACUGGUUACAGACAACGAGGACAUUUUGGAUGGCACGACCAGCAAUAAAUAUUGGAUCGACGUUCAGCUUCGUUGGGGCGACUUCGAUACCCAUGAUAUCGAGUGUUAUACU